AUGCAACUGCUGAUAAAUUUGAUGCACCAGGCAGAGUCAAAGGAAGGAGAAGAAGCUAGAUGGAGUGACAUGGUGGAGAAAGUGUUACAGGAAGAAGAAAUACAAACAGUUUUACUGAACAUCUUCCUUUGCUCUUUUCGUUUUGCAUUUAGGUACGGCAGAAAAAAGGUAUUUUUUGUCAGCCUGAUAAUGCAGACUGUAUUCAGCCUCAUCCAAGUCGGCUCAAACAGCUGGGAAAUGUUUGCUGUACUCUACGUCUUGGUUGGACUUGGACAGACAUCAAACUUCCUCUGUGCUUUCGUUUUAGGCUCUGAACUGCUCCGAAAACAAGCAAGACUGGCAUAUUCAUGUUGUGCAAUCAACGUUGGCUUUGCCAUUGGAUAUUUAAUGGUGCCACUCUUUGGAUAUUUAAUUCGUGAUUGGCAGAUGCUGUUGCUGGCUCUCUCCUUACCUGGGCUAUUGUAUAUUCCACUGUGGUGGGUUAUCCCUGAAUCCCCAAGAUGGCUUUUAUCUCAAGGGAGAAUUGAAGAAGCAGAAGCAAUUAUUAUAAAGGCAGCUAAAAGAAACAGAAUUACACCACCGGUGCCUGUAUUCAAACCCGAGGAUGUCAAAAAAUAUGUGCUAGAAAUUUCUGAAGAAAAGGAUCGUAAAUAUACAUAUCUGGAUAUCGUAAAUAACUUUAACAUUGGGAUUAUAACAAUAGUUACCAAUCUUGUAUGGCUAGUUAUCAGCAUGACAUACUAUGGUUUAAACCUGAAUACUCCAAACCUGAAUGGAGAUCCUUAUCUCAACAGCUUUUAUUCAGCAGCUACUGAAGUGAUUGCUUACAUUGCUUCCUGGGUGAUCCUAAUUUAUGGGUACCGGCGAGCUGCCAGCGCCUCCUUGCUGUUCACUAGUGGAAGUAUACUGCUCCUUGUUCAGCUAAUUCCAUCAGAUCUGACUACUGCCAUUAAUGUACUUGUCCUACUGGGAAAGCUUUGCAUCACAUCUGUAUUUGCUGUAGUUUAUGUCUAUACAUCGGAGCUGUAUCCAACUGUUGUAAGAAACAUGGGGGUCAGCAUGAAUGCCAUGUCCUCCAGGAUUGGUAGCUUGAUCUCUCCUUAUUUUGCAUAUAUUGGGUCUUCUAACAAAAUUUUGCCAUUUAUACUAAUGGGAAGCUUUUCUUUAAUAGCUGGAGCUAUGAGUUUUGUGUUGCCUGAGACUCGCGGAAUGCCUCUACCAGAGAAAAUAAGUGAUAUGCAACAAAUUAGAUGUUGCAAGAAGCAUUCUGAAGUUGCCACUUACUUUGGAAGCAAAGAAAAACGAAAAGAAGAUAUUCAAGUUGCCGUCUUUUAAGCAAUCAAGCAAAACAGAUUAAAAUGGCAGUGCCUUUAUGCUCAUGUAUUUCUAAUUUACACAAAAUAACUUUUUUUACCAUGUGUGAAAGUAUUUUUGGUACUUUUCCGUUAAACCCCUACCACGCAUUUUAGGAGCUGUAUUGAUGGCUUUUGGCUUAUUUCUUCCAGGAUACUACGUUUUGUUUCCCAAACUGUUUACUGUUAUUUUCUCUAAAGUGUUGUCCACCUUGCCGUAAAUCUCUGUUGGUGAUGCCUCCUGCUUGCCGUUAUUAAGAGAGGCUGCCAUCCAGUCCCCAUGGAUAUGAUGGUUAUGAUCACAGCUGUUUUUGGUGUAAACUGUAGUUCAUCUGCAAAUCAGACAGAUGACAUGGCUUUCAAGUCAUUUAUUAAAUAGUACUUAACCUUUGCAAUGACAGCCUACCCUUGUUUGCAGGUGCCAGGUCAACAUUUCCUGCCAUAUUUCUUUUCCCGAGCUACAGCCCCACUGCAUCGUCCCAAUGACCAGUAACCCAGGUCAGAUUCAACAGCUAAUCACCUCAGCUGACACGUGUUCUGCAUAUGACCACUCAAGACUGAUUGUGGCUGGACUUUGGAGUCAUCAUUAAUAUGUCUCCGGACCCUUCUCCCACUUCCUAGUCAGACACCCCACUGCAGAUGUGUGGCCGCUAUCACUGAAAAGGCAAACGUAGGUACGACCCAAGAAGGCAGGCAACACAGAGAAAAAGGGAGUAUUCAUCAAUUGUGUGCGACGGAGUAGGAAGCUGAUCAAGAAAUACGCCGGAAUCAGGCAAUACAGCUCCUAAAAUGCAUGGUAGGGGGUUAACAGAAAAGUACCAUAUUUUCUUACAAAAUGCUUUUGCAAUGUUUAGAUGUUUCCCAAACUGAGAAUAAAAAUGAAAACAAUUAUAAUUGGUUUUAUAAGAUAUGAACAAAUGAGUUAAGCUAGUAACCUACUUGUGAAAGGUGAUGCUCUUGUGUAACUGCAUGUAAGCUGAAGCAGUGUCCUCUACGUUGAUAGCAGAAAAGUGUAAGCCACAAUUCUGCAGAAAUUGAAACAGGGGCAUUUAUAGCUGAAAUUACUGUAUUCACAUCUCAUGUGACAUGAAGUCCACUUCAUUCUUCCCUCCUCCGAGGCAAUUCACUAUUUGUCAAUAUUUGCUAAAGCUAUUCAUGAGUUUCAAAGUACUCUUCUUCUGUUGAUUCUGACAUAUGUAGUCCACCACCACUCAUUUCAUAGUCCUAGGAAAUGUCUGGAGUACUUUCAGAAUGUCUGUGGUCAACUGUUGAUCACAUUUUUAAGCAGUCAUAUUACUGGUACUGAGUAUCACAGUCUGCACUUCUGAUAUCAUUCAGGUAUUUAAUAGCAUGGUUUGUCUUGCAGAAGGUACAGUAUAGUUUUCUACAUUGUCUGUUCACAGCAGUGCUGCUACAUCAUUAGUAAGUUUUGUGGGUCUUAUCUUCUUCACUUCCAUUUAAAUAAUGCACUUUUACUUUGAAAAAGCACAUCCAUUCACAAUCCAAGAAUGCAAAAGGGUAUUUUCUGAACCCAACAUUCCAAAUAGAAUUCAAAACUUGUUUUCACCUUCCAUUUUCUCUGUGCCGUUGCAUGAAACCUCCCUAUUCAGGGUUUUGCCUACUGCACUGUCUGCUUAGCUGUUUCUGAGACUUCGGAACUCAGAAGAAAAAGCUGUCACUGUCUCCCUAAUAUCUCAAGCAUUUUGUUAGGAAAGUAGCUUUUCACAUUCAGGCUGUGAAUGGCCGUGCAAGUCCUCUUUUGACUGUAAUUCUAGAAUUCUCCUGUUUGUGUCAGGUGCUACCAUAGAACUCAGUAGUGACUAUGUGUUAUCCUGAGAUUUGCUUGUUAUUUUGCCUCCUUGUGCGUUUUAACAACCAGAUGGAUUUCAUGUAAGUGAAGUCUGUGAGUUAAUGCGUUGCUUAAUUUGGCCAGUUUCUUGCCAAACAGCACUCUGCCAUAAGAUUCUUAUUUCCUGUCAUCAGUGUUUACUUCUUGACACAGAGGCUAGAUAGUAUGUUCAGUGUCUUUAGUUUUACUAGAUCAUCAGUCAUAUAGUCCCAAUUUUAUACUUCAUGACAAGGCUUGCACAUGGCAUGCUGUCAGAACACAAACCCCAAUUCCCCAUAGUGCCUUACUAUAUGUUAUGAAAACUGACAAAAAUCUACCACUGUCUUUGACAUCUAAGCUUCCACUUUGUAAAUACACACACAUAUCUCUGAAUUGUUUUUCCCCAAAUGAUGGUGCUCCAAAUGUUUGUCACCAACCAGUUUUUAAUACACACAGGCAGGAUUCAGAAACAGCCCAGCUGUGAGAAGUAAGACUGCAUCACACAAAGGGUCCCUUUAAUGUGAUGGUGAAAACUAGCAAUUCAGAAACACUUUAGCUGCAAUGAGAAAAGACCUCUUAAUUGUCUAAUUUGCAUUUCCCUGAAUCACUCAGUGAUUACCACUAAUACUAGCAAUCAGUUUCCUGUAGUAAACACAUCUGGUGGCCCAUGCAUCACAUUGGCAAAGGCAUCUCCCUCAUUCACUCACCCACAGACAUACACACAUUCCAACAGACGCACACACACAUAUCCCCUUAUCUGUCAACUGCCCUUUGUGGAACAGAAUGGCCACAAUUGUGCCUGUUAUAGUCUCUGUGCCCCUGUCACAAAGUCACUCAGAGAAUCACAGCUUCUAUUCUUCAUUUGCAGCUUCUUGCUGCAAAAUCUGUUUUUCUACUAACUUUUUCAGUGGGGUAUAUUCAUUUUUAAAAAGUGUCCAUGAUGUCGUGUUUUACCCCAUAUUACAGAAAGUGCUCAUUAGUUCUAGGGAGAUUGAGAGACAUGGAAGCCUCUCCCCACCCUCAGAUACACACACACACACACACACACACACACACACACACACACACACACACACACACACACACACACACACACACACACACCACACACACAUCAAUCAUACCUCCCCACCUUAUCACAGACAUACUCACCCUCCCACAUACACACACACACACACACACACACACACACACACACACACAUCAAUCAUACCUCCCCACCUUAUCACAGACAUACUCACCCUCCCACAUACACACAUACACUCAUAAAUGCACACACCUACAAUACCCAUUCCCUAAUUAUUGAUUAUCCAGGCAGACAAGCCUUACUUGUAUUUUCUUUUCUAUUAAAUAAAUAGUUACUGAUUUAAUUGCUCACCGAGUUCCAGAAUUCUGCUCACGAUCAUUAUUGAGAGCGGAGUCCCAUAAAGACCGUUGAUUUUUAAAAAAAUUUUUUUUGUCACUGAUCCCUUACACAUCUUAGUUCUAUGGAUUUAACAUCCAUGAACCUUUUUACCUCCUUGACUAAUGUUUUUUUUCUUCUUUAGAUUUCAGUUUUCUUGUUGCAGAGUUUUUGGCUACUAUUAAAAUCAAAAACAAAAAUGCUUUCAUCUCUUUAAUACUUUAUUUGGAUUUAGUUGGUGUGAAAUGUUUAUAAAUUAAUGCUAAAUUACUUUCCAAAUGUAGAAUUAAGCAUUAUUACUCAGUUGUUGCUUAGACUGAGUCAAUUCUGAACAUUCACAAAAACAUGGUUCCAAGUGACCCCCACCCAAGCCAACAGUAACCCUUUAUACCUAAGGAGGCUUAUUUCAAGUCUCACUGGCAUAUAAAACUAUUUGCAUAAACACUUCUAUGCAAAAAUUCUACAUUUUCCUGAUUUAGUUGCAUUUCUACAGGUAAGAUAAAUCUUUUUUUUUCCUCCUCGGGUAUAUCCCUUUAUAAUCCCUUUAUAAUUUCCCACUCUAAGAUGUUUUUAAUUUUAUACUAUGAUCUGCUUUCAGAUCUAGUAUUUACCACAAUAUUUGUUCUGGUCUCAGUUGUAAAGUCUAUUAUUUGUGGUUCAAUGUGACUUUUUUCCCAUUUUGUUUAAUUCUUUCAUCAUUUCUAAAAUAAGACCUGUAUAUAUUAAUUGAUCCAAAUCCUGGAUCCCAGUUACCUGCUCUGCUUCUUCCACUUAAUGAUUUCAUCUGUUUUCAACAUCUGCUUCUAGUGCCAUGGCUGUUCAUUUAUUGUUUUUUUUUCAUAUCCUCAUCAGACUGUCCUCAACUCUUCUUAUUUUUUAAAGCAGCACAUCACCUAGGAAUAAUUAUGUUUUCACAGUCUAACAUGUUUUACAUCAGAUAUCUGUUUUUUAUACAUAUGAUAACACAUAAUGUUCUCCAUGCUUUUGUCAUAAAUCUGCCCAAACACCUGUAUAGCGAGCUAUGUUAGCCCCAGCAGGUGUUAUAUUUAGCUUAAAAUACAGACGAUAAAUGGCUCAAGGUACAGGAUGGUGCGGAAAAAGGAGGAUAAUAGAAAACGAACUGCACCCAACCUUACACACCAAAAAUGUUUAUUGCAUUAAACAACGUAAGUGCUUUCACGACUGAAAAUGUCGCUUCAUCAGACAGCUUAUGCCAAAACAAAUACAUUUAAGUAAGAACUGAAAAAAGUCAGCUGACACUUAUAAUUCAAAUCAUCUGCAGCUCAUUAAAAAUCAGAGACUGUUAAAACCAAAUAUAUUCAAAGUAAAAGUAUCCUAAAACAGCAUCUGUAAAUGAGCCUGUUUAUGUGCACAAUGAUUAAGACAUCUAUUAAAAAUAUAAAAAAAUACAUCUGCUUAAAUAUAUUGUAUAUGCAAAAACAAAUACUACUUAUAAUAAGUCUUCAUUAAUGCUUUAAGCAACGUGAUUUCAAGAAUAGUUUGAGACCCACAACUCCAUUUAAACCUGGAGGUCUCUCAGCAUUUAAUAAAAGGAUCCAUUCUUGUUCUAUGCUCUCAGUAUGGUUUUCAAUAUCACCCCCUCGAGUGUUGGGGUGUAUCACUUGGAUUACAAAAAACUUAAAGGUGUGUGUAUGAUCUGUAAGUCUUACAUGGUUAGCUAAGGCAUUGCAUUCUUUCUGUUUAUUAUUAUCUCUAAUGUGCUCCAGAAUCCUGUCCUUAAACAUUCUAUUGGUUUUACCCACAUAGAAUGCAUGGCAGGUCUGGCAGAAGGAAAAAUAAACCACGUUUUUCCCAAAAGAUCAGGGAUACUGACCUUGAGGAAGGAGAGGGGUCCCCUAAAUCCCCCCUGAGAUAACACCUCUUUUGGCAAUCUUUUGGAACUGCUUCACCAGUGCAUAGGCUGGACUGCUGAAUCCCUGUCUUUGGAAGGGUCAGUAUUUUUGGAGGCCUUUGGAUGGACCCACCCCGGAGUAUUGACCCUGCAUGGUUUAGCCAUUUCCUUGCUCUUACCAAAAACUUCCAGCUUCCCUUGUUCUCAAGCUCUUAGGGCACAUGGUAGCCACCAUCUGCUUGGUUCUCCUAACAAAUUACCACACGAGGGCUCUGCAAUGGACACUGGCGGGUGCAGAUGCAUCCAGUGGAGUUCCUCAUUGUGUUGACAAAUGUCUGUCGAGAUCAGAUUAGGUAGUUGAAAUCUCCCUUUGUCAGCCAGAAGACUGUUUGUGCCCACCUGAGGCACGGUCACAACAAAUGCCUCUCUUGUUGGGUGGGGGGGGUGGGGCAUUUCAAAGGAAGACUGUCUAGGGGACCUAGUUCACUACAGAGGCCAAUCUUCACAUCAGUAUCUUGAAGAUGAGUGGUCUUCCUUGCACUGCUGGCCUUUCAGGACAUUCUUCCCAAGGGUGUGAUCUUAGUUCAGAUAGACAAACUGUCUGUCAUUUGGAAUCUGAACAAAUGGGGGAACCUGUUCCAGUCUUCUUUGUUGGUAGACCAUAAGAGUCUGGGAAUGGGUUAUUUCAUCUCAACAGUUUUUGGUUGCAAUGCCCAUCCCUGGAAAAUCGUACACAUUGGCAGACAGUUUGAGCAGGAACAUUCUUUUUCUGCUUUAGUGUUCCUUGAAUCUGAGAGUUGGCCACUCAGAUUUUUUUUGUCUCCUUUUUAAAGGCCCGAGUUAGGAAUGCCAGUGUAUAAGGUUUCUAAGUGUCUGUCUGAUUGUAUUUCUUUUGGGUAUAUUUUGAAAGGAAAGCCCUAGCAUAAUAAACUGAAAGGUCACUGUACUAGUGCUUUGGCUACUUCUGCAUUUUUCUCCAGAGCUGCUUUGGCUGAUGUUUGUGCAGCUUUUACUUGGUUUGGUCCUUACACAUUUGUGUCUCACUACAAGUUGAACAUCCAGUAGAGGUGCAUUACUUCUUUUGAUUCUACUGAAUUGUGCAAUAUCCUUUCAUAACACCUCUGUAGGGUUUUACAUGGCUGGGGACUGUGUUCCACAGGUUGAAUCCAGAAGGAAAAGACAACACGGAAUAUGAAGUUUAAGUACUUACCAUAACAAUAUAUCCGUGUUGUCUGUUUCUGUCUGGUUCAAGCUUCCCUACAUCCUGCUGUUGUGGUAAGUUUCUCGAUCAUGGGGUGACCGAAUCAGGAAGGUUUAUUUUCCUCCUUUGUUGGCGUCCUUGGGAUUUUCGUGUUUCAGAUUUAGUGAUGUCAGCUUGGGUAGAGAGGGGCAAACUCCCUCUGAGGUAAUCUUAUUUGAGGAGGGGAUUAUAGGUAGAGGAGGUUGAGCUAGGCAGCUGAAGUCUUUGGAAUAUGGCUGGUCUCAUAUCCUAGUCAAAUCUUAUAACCCGCAGUUUGAACCAGAUGGAAGGGGACAGCGUGAAUCUAUUGUUAUGAUAAGUACAUAACUUUUGUUUUUACUUUGUACCUUACAAUGCCCACACUAACUGAGAAUAAACCAGAUAAAUACAACAUACUGUCUUGUCAUGCCUUAUUGCACGUUGGCAUUGUUAAAUGUCCUUUUCGGAAAGGUCAGUAUCCCUACUUUUUGAGGUCAGUAUCCCUGUAUGCCACAAGACCCAGGGUUGAAGUUUUAAAAUAUUUGAAAAUGGUAUUGAUAUUUUGCAACUUACAAGCAAAAGAAAGGAGUUUUAUUUGGUUCUAAAAAGUCUACAAAUUGUUUAUAAAUCUGCAUAUGUACACUUACAGUUUACAUGUUAAAAUGUUUAAUAUUAUCUUGUAUUACUUCCCUAGUACCCUGUUGAAUAUCUUUUUGUUGCGUUUGUUUUCAUUCUGUCCAUCCCUGGUGUCUCAGAAUGCAUCCUACCACACAUGUACAUGCAGGACUACCAAUUCUAUUUUCCACAUGUAGUAUCUAUACACUGCCAGUCUACAUCAUUCAUGUCUUUAUGUAUCACUCACUCGUUUACUUGUUUGCUGUCUGUCUAAUGUGUUACAUUGCAGUCGUAUAGUUUACUAAAAGCUGACUUCAUAUACUUUGUCAUGCUACUAAACCAUCUGAUUCCAAGUUAAAAAUAACUGACUACACAACAUUUAAGCAAUUUACUAAUUAUUUUAGGCAAGGGUUUACCAGAAUUCAACAGUAUGGCUCAGUGGAAGUGACAGGAGCAGGUCAUCCUUUUGUGAAAUGUAGACAAAAGCCCAUAAUAAAUUGGUCAGUUGAUUAAGAAAAAAUAUAACUCUGUACCCUGUAUUUCUUAUUCUAGAUAUAUUUUUUUUGGCCACAGGCGUAUCAGGUGCUGGUUACUCAUUAAGCAUAGUAUAACAAGUGACAUUCAAAACAAUGAUGGCAUGUCAUACAGGGAAUGGGGGAUAUCCACAGAUCAUGCAGAUAGACAUAUGGACUAAAGUAGGGUAAUUUACCUUUUUAUCUAAUUAUGUCAAUGAAAAUGAGACUGUACUUGGUAGUAUUUUCCUGUGAAAAUGUUUAAUACAUUUGAAAUGCAUUUUUACUGUGUGUUGGUCUCAUUUUCAGUGCCUCUGUGACUAAAUUAGGGAGCCUUGUCUAUGGUGCUGUACUGUAAGCAAUAUCACUGCUAUAUAUAAUGGGCAUUGCAUUGUCCAAGCUUUCUGUUGACAGGAAGAAGGUCACAAGAUUAUUUUAUAUGUAUAUAAGUGUGUACUAAAUAACUAUCACUGCUGGAAAUUAUGACAUCUAAAAUGUGAAAUGGAAAAUGUUUAAUAAAAUAUUAUUUGAUAAUAAAGAAUCAA